AGGGGAGAAAAAGCUGAAGGGAGUCUUGUAAUGGCGACGGGAUUGUCAAAUAAUUUGAAACAUCCUACCAUGGUUUGGGAAUUGAAGUCUAAUCAGAUGCCUAAUACAGUACAGAAGUUCCUGUUGGUGGUGGAUAAGAGAGCUUCAGGGAUGAAUGAAUCUUUGGAACUAUUGAAGUGUAACGAGACCCUCCCAUCUUCUCCUGGAUAUGCAUCUUGUGAUGAGCACAUGGAGCUUGAUGAUCUUCCUGAACUGCAGGCUGUUCAUACUGAUUCUACCCCCUCUGCACUUUUUCAAUUGAGUGCAGAUGUUUCACACCAGGAAUAUUCAAGGCCUUCAUGGAACCAACAUACCGCAAGCAGUAGUUCGGAAAGUGCUUAUCCUUAUGAAAAUGGAGUGAAUUGGUUGACAGAACUAGCAAAUAUCGCUACUAGUCCACAGAGUCCUCUUAUGCAGUGCUCUUUUUAUAACAGAUCAUCACCUGUUCACCUAAUAGCUACAAGCAAAAGUUUACAUUCCUAUGCACGUCCUCCACCAGCAUCCUCUCAGGGUGAUUCUGGUUUUCCCAAGCAUCACAUAGAUGAAACAUCAGUCAGACAUGAAAGGACAAGUAGUGAAUCAGAGUCUGGCAUCUUCUGUAUGUCUUCACUAUCAGAUGAUGAUGAUCUAGGAUGGUGCCAUUCUUGGCCUCCAACUGUUUGGCACUGUUUCCUCAAAGGCACACAUUUAUGCUUUCACAAACGACGCAGUAAGGAAUGGCAGGAUGUUGAAGAUUUUGCUAGGUCUGCAAGAUUUGAAAAUGAAGCUGAUGUUUCAGUGGGUGCUUACAAAGGAUAUGGUUCUGAUGGUUUGAAGUUGAUCUCUCAUGAGGAAAGUGUUUCAUUUGGUGAGUCAGUACUGAAAUUGACUUUUGAUCCUGGCACAGCGGCAGAUGGCUUGCUUACUGUGGAGUGCAGAUUAGAUCACCCUUUCUAUGUUAAAAAUAAAGGUUGGUCAUCUUUUUAUCCAAGCCUGACUGUGGUUCAGCAUGGCAUUCCAUGCUGUGAAAUGCAUAUUGGAGAUGUAUGUCUACCUCCUGGUCACCCUGAUGCCAUUAACUUCGAUGAUUCAGGUGUUUUUGAUACAUUCAAAAGUUACGAUUUUACACCGAUGGAUUCCUCUGCAGUCUAUGUGUUAAGCAGCAUGGCUCGUCAGCGCCGGGCUUCUUUAUCUUGUGGAGGCUCAGGAAGCCAAGACUUUGAAAGAUCAGAAUGCAGUACAAACUGUGGGCCUGCCCAGUCAUCGCAGACGUCAUCCAAUUCUUUGUGUAGUAAAGCUGGCAAAAGCCACAGCUCAGGGACUGCAAGUACUGUGAGUGCCACUUCUCCCAACAAAUGCAAAAGACCAAUGAAUGCCUUCAUGCUUUUUGCCAAAAAGUACAGAGUAGAAUAUACUCAGAUGUAUCCAGGAAAAGAUAACAGAGCCAUCAGUGUGAUACUUGGUGACAGGUGGAAAAAAAUGAAAAAUGAAGAAAGACGGAUGUAUACAUUAGAAGCCAAGGCCUUGGCUGAAGAACAAAAACGCUUAAAUCCUGACUGCUGGAAACGGAAAAGAACAAAUUCAGGUUCACAAUAACAUUAAUCAAAAUUCUUCUUUGUAUGCCUGGUGGAGGAAGAUCAAGGUGUCAUCAUUUGUUGUGAAGGUGUGACCAUAUAAAGUAUGGGGCCGCACUGGGUCAGUAGUAAUGAGGAUUUGCUUAUUACAGUAGAGGAUUAAGCAAGACACAACUAUCAACAUUUUAAACCAAAUUGCCUUAUUUUUUUCUUCCAAGCUACAUGUAUGUCUAUCAGGCUUGAAAAAUGGAUAUCCUGUGGUGCUAAAGAAUAGUAGGAAGAAGAGGAGCUUUGUAUAAAUGUUUAUUUUU